AUAGGACUAGUUGGUAGGUGUGCAACGACCCGGCACAUAUUUGUUAACCGCAACGCUGCGUUGUAGGUGUGGGCGUGGUGCAGCAUCAGCAAACAAUACGCAUCAACAAGGAAGAAAUGGAUUCUCUUCUCUGGUCCGGAUCGCCGAUAGUUCCGGGGAACCACAGGGCCAAGGACACGCUGCUUGGUGGCGAGCCCUUUUCCUUCAAGGACAUCUUUUCGAUCUUCUCGCCCAAGCCUAAGACUGCACCACCGGCCACCGCAUUGUUGAACAACGCAGAGCCACAGCAUGUGGUUCCGAAGCAGGUAGUUUGUUUCAGUGUGUCAUGGGAGUUUCAUCUUUCGGUUUGGGUGGUGUCUUCAUCUUUCUCAGGGUGGUGGAUUUGAUAACGCUACAUCGAGUGGGGUAACAGCGAUAGCGAACACAGACAGACAAUGGACGGUUAGUACGCAAAGUAAGAUCUUUUUAUCAGGCCGCCAAGAUAUGCACUUGUCUUUCAGGUUUCGCAAGCGGGGAUGGGGAUCGGCGGAAACCGUGGUUCUCCUGCAGGAAUGAUCGAUCUCCUUGAUCCCAAGCGAAUACGACAGGGAAAUAAAUGGCGACACUGGGCCGCAGGAGUAUUGAACGCAGUGACGAGCUUCUAUUGAUAUUGUCAUGUAAGCGAUGGACACAAAAAAUAAAAAAAUGCAUUCUCCUAAACUUUUUGAUUUUUUUACUUGCAUUUUUGCAUGAGCACGAUAUUUGUUCGCUCUUUGCUGCGGCGCAAGGUUGCUCGUUUUCCUCUCUACAACAUCUCAACUCGACGAUUCCGCUCCCGGGACAGAGCGCAGCUGGCUCAUCAGCUGAUGAUGGAUUGGGAGAUAUCUGGGAAGCGCUCGGUAUAAUUGUUCUCCCGGCCGCAGAUUGUUGAUUCAUGUUUUUGAGUGCAAGUGAUUCUCGUUUUGCUUUCGCAAACGCAAGCUAAUCCCGAAAAUUGGCGAGCACCAUAAAGAAAAAGUUAGACUGCAAUCCAUCGAAACGAGAUGAUCAUUGUGAUCUUGAGCGAAAUUAUUUCCUUUUCGACACUUUCUCUUUCCGAUUUCGAUCUACGCUUGUUCCAACAGGCUCCCCGCUGAAAGGCACGUCGCUCGCGGACCUCCCCGGCGAAGAUAUUGUCCUCAAGGACGGCACGCACGCGCACUACAUCGAUCUCGACUCCCUGCUGAAACCCGGCGGUGCCGGUGCCGCCGGCGCGAACGGGGGCGCGCGGUGGAAAACGUCCCCGAACUCGGGCGAGCCGGUGCUGGACCUGAAUAGCAUUUUCCCGAUGCUGGGCGGCAACGGCAAGUCGAUCAGCAAGAGCGUUUCGAAGGUGAUGGUGCGAGACGCCAACGGCCUCAUGAAAGCGCACACGACCGUAUCCACAGUAAAUUUCCUGUACACGUACAAAUGCUGUCUCUGCAUGACAAAAUUUGCCUUCAAUCCUAGUGUAGCAUGACAAGUUGUACACUGCAAGUUAGCAAAAUUUGUCAUGCAUUUUGUACAUGUACAGGAAAUUUACAUUGCAUAGACCGAGAAGUGGUCGCAGCCCAUCGGGAAUGGGGACGAGUCGGUGCAGGCCACGGUGGACUACGACGAACCCGACAAACCCGGCGACGCGGGCUUCAUGCACAUGAAGUUGGAACGCGUCAAGACGGCAAAGCUGUUGCAACGACAAGGCCGUGGUGCCGGGACGCGGGGGAACAACUUCGAGCGGCUCGAUCCGCUGUGGGACCUGUUCCCCGAAAAGAAGCCGCCCAGCUACAACAACGGCCGGAACACAGUGUUGCCGCCGCCAGAACAACCGCCGACGUUGACGGGAGAGGGCAAGAACGGGGCUGUGGGUCAGGUACUUACUACAUUUUUUAGAUAGGUACAUAUUGUAGCAGGGCUCUAGUAGAUGUAGAGUUUCGCAGUGCGCAGAGAUCUUGAUCUUGUGAACGUGCAUCCGCGUUGCUCUUGUCGAGUCAAAGGAAAAAAACUACCGUACUAGGACGCAGGAAUUGAGAAAACAAAAUGAGGCGAUUCAAACCUUUUAGCUGCAUUCCAACAAAAACGCAUUUAGCCCACUGCACCGGCCACGGAAGUAGACCAGAGUGCCAACUCCUUUCCGCCCAUGUUGGUGCUGCUCGGAACGGCUGUUGCUGUCGGCGCCCAGGUGUUCCUUCUCGGGCACGUCUUUGUGAAUUACUUCAAGCGCCGGGCGGCUCGGGAACCGAUCACGACCGUGGUCGGAGAGCGUCGCAGCGCCAUGGAGGAGCAAUUUUCGCAGGCCGCAGCCAGCACUAACAACGGAGGCCCUGCUGCUUCGGAUCCGAGAGACAGUGGCAGCAGCUCUGAUCCGGAGCGAAGACCGUCGAGUGAAGAAAGUCCAGCAACGAGGACGGUGAUGCAGAACCAGAAUGAAGGUAGCACCGCCGCGACGACCCCGGCCAACGAGUGGCAACAUAACGCCAGCAGCGAGGCAAGUUGCAAGAGCACUGCGGCGGACGGCUCUUCGUCUUUUUCGGGUAGUAGAACGAACGCAACAACUUCUUCCGAGGAAGCAAGCGCGAGCAGCGCAACAACAACAAGCAGUGGCGCAACUUCUACAACCGGUUCUCUUUCUCGUACGGACGACUCGACGGCAAGAUCCUUCCGUGACGAGGAGGUGAAUUCUCGCCGGGAGCGGUUUUUGGCCCGCGUAGAAGAACAGUCCGGAAGUUCCUCCUCGGCAUCUGGUAGUAGCGGUCGUGCCUCUACAACUGCGACUGCCACCGGCUCUGCGAAAAGUACUGCUGCGUUUUCCGGGGAGGCCUUUCGCUUGAACUCGGGGGAAUAGGUCACAGUCUUCAGCGGGCGCUUAGGUUAAAAUACUUAGAAAUAUCUUACUACUUUGAACAAAAAAAGAAUCAGAAGCAAUGUUUGGUGGAGACUGAAUCACUCUAUUGUUUGAGCCUUGAGUCAAGGCUCUAAUAUGCGUUGCAUUGUACAAGUUGUCUACAGUAAACCUGGCGUGAUCGUUUCUCAAAGCGCGAGCUUCCUAUUGCUUCACUUAUUUUGCGACUCUUCCUUUAUUUUUCUACUUCUGCCACCAGUGCUAGCUCCUCUUCUUCUUCCAAGAAAUUCACAAUAUGAUCUAGAGAGGUUCUUACUGCGGCGGUAAUGGCCAUGAUUCCCUGCUCGGGCCAGUUGCGUAAUCGAACUUUUUUUGAUUACGACAAAUAUGACGAUACUCGGUAAGUCUAAGUGAUGAACUCUUAUGGUUGACUGAAAAUUUCUCGGAGAGUCCGCUAGUCAACGGCUCGUAUAAAAAUUGUAAACGAACAAUACCCAUUUCUCCCUUACAGGUUCUUUCUGUUUCAGUUUCUGACUUAGCAGAACUUUGUUGAGAUGACUAAACUUGAACUCGAUUUUGAAAUUCGUACACCAGAACUUCAGCUUACUGGUGUAUGCCACCGACCUGCGAGUUUUGCUGCCGAUCGCGAGGCAAUAUAUUGUACCAGUGUCGCAGAAAACAUGACGACGUCGAGUGUACAACCUUGACAUUAAAGUUUCAGAGGUACACGCAGACCCGGGAGCUUUUUUUUGCAAUUAUAAAUAUUAUAGAACAAAUUAU